AAUUACCCUCUCUAGUAUGGACUUAAGUCUGUAGGGAUUGGUAAACUGUUUGAUCUUUUUUCACUUGUUUCCCUUUCAGAUGUUAACAAGACUCAACAACUGGAGGAGCAGCUGACAGAGCGUCUGGGAAUGGUGAUCUAUAAAGCCCUGGACUGGGGGAUUGACAACCAUCUGGAGCGAGAGCUGAGUGAACCACUGGAGAAGCUGAUCUCCCUCCUCCUGAAAUUGAACACUGAGGCAACAAAACCAGCAAUCACUUUCCAGGAUGUCCUCAAGAUCUGUGAGGAGCAUUUGCCCAGGCCCUCUGAGGCUGCCAGCUAUUACAGAACAGUCUGCAGGGUUCUCUUUGCUGAGUACGUAGAUCUUCAGAAACUAAUGCUCACCCUACAGAGCUCCAAAGAGAGUCUAAGAAGAAUGGAUGUGGAGGACUUGCUGGAAAAUGACACUCAGAGGGAGAAGGAUAAUUACUGGCAGGCUAGCUUGUGGCACGAUGUCAUCAGGGAACUGCAGAAUGGUGUGAGGCUGCGCAAGGCCAUGGAGCGACCUCAACGUAGCGUUCCUCCCAAGGAAUAUGCCCGGUCUCCCUAUGAGCUCUUGGCAGAGGACAUCCGACGCAAGAGGUACACCCUCCGCAAGGUGAAGAUCAACAGUGAGCAAAACUGCAAGAGCUCUGAAGGCAACACAGUCGCUUCACAGCCCCCUUUAAAGCCAGCCUCAGAGAGGAAGCUAAAAGAGAACUCCCCCAAAGCACCCAGUCUGCACGACCUGCUCAUGAUGGAAAUAAAACAGCCACAGAAGCUUCGGCCAUCUUCCACAGAGAAAAACGGGAGCAGGCACAAAGAUACCUUUGUGAUGCCAAUGUUUUCCUUGAAUUCCCCGUGUGGCAAUGUCUUAUCUGUCCAAAAUGCCAGUACAGGACUUACAAUUCACAAAGUUAAAAAACAGCUGCUGAUCCCUGACUUGCUGGUCCCAGAAUUUCAGGAAGCAGACGGGGCAUUGAAAUACAACUUGGGAGUCCUCUCACACAGAUCUGUACUGACAUCCAGCAGCACAGAUUGCUCUGCAGACUGCACAUUUACCCCCAAGAGCGUGCCCGUGCAAGGAGACUGUAAAACAAGCAGCUUUCCGAAUCGAAAUCAGCAACAGCCUUUCUGCCGAGGGCGGUUCGAGUCUUUAAGGAGUGCCCUUCAAAUCAAGGAAGAUGACUACCCCUCUCCUACAAGGCGGCCAUCACCAACCAUUGCUGAACUGAUUGGAACCAGAUAUGCCGUGAUGUCUGAAAUGGAGGGAUCCCGCCAAAGAGAUGGUUGUGCGAUAUCUUCAAGAGCCAGGGUAUUUACCAUUCCCCUUUGA